AAAUUGCAGCGAUUUCGGAGAUGCCUGCUGCAACCGACGUGUCCACAUUGCGCUCAUUCCUGGGUGCAGUCAAUUUCUACGGAAAGUUCGUCCGUGAGAUGCAUCAACUACGCCAUCCGUUGGACAACCUGCUCAAGAAAGACACGAAAUUCGUCUGGAAUCGAGAGUGUCAGCACGCUUUCCAAAACAUCAAGCGCGUGUUGCAGUCCGAUCUUUUGCUCGUUCACUACAAUCCAGAGCAAGAGAUCAUCGUAGCGGACGACGCUUCCAAAACAGGCAUCGGUGCAGUCAUUCUGCAUAGUUUCUCGAACGGCACCAUCAAGGCGGUAUCGCACGCAUCAAGAUCACUGUCCGCAGCAGAGCAGAACUACAGCCAGAUCGAAAAGGAAGCACUGGCAUUGGUUUUCGCUUGUACGAAGAUUCACCGCAUGCUGUGGGGUCACCGUUUCAUAUUGCAAACGGACCAUCAACCGUUGCUGCGAGUGUUUGGUUCCAAAAAGGGCAUUCCCGUGCAUUCCGCAAAUCGACUCCAGCGAUGGGCCCUGACGCUGUUAGGGUACGACUUCCAAAUCGAAUACGUGGCAAUGCAAGACUUCGGCUACGCUGACGUGCUGUCUCGACUGAUUAGCAAUCACCAGAAGCACGAAGAAGAAGCAGUCAUCGCCGCAGUUCGAAUUGAAGAAGAUGUCAGUUCCUGCUUCCACGAUUCGUACCAACAUUUGUCAGUCACCUACGAGAUGCUCAAGGCCGCCACCAAGAAGGACACCGUGCUGCAGAAGGUAAUUUCUUUCGUUCAAGGUACCUGGCCGGCGCGCUGCGAAGGCAUCCAAGACAUCGAGGUUCGAUCGUUCUUCAGCCGUCGUGAUUCCUACUCCGUAAUCGACGGUUGCCUCAUGAUGGUCGACCGAAUCGUGGUUCCAAUGUCCCUUCAAAAACGAAUCCUCAAGCAAGUACACGAAGGACACCCUGGCAUCGAGCGGGCAAAAGCAGUUGCUCGUGGAAUCGUGUUCUGGCCGACGAUGGAUGAAGACAUCACCAGCUACGUCCGCCGGUGCUCGAGCUGUGCAAGUGCUGCCAAAUCUCCGCCACAAGCUCAGCCACAACCAUGGCCUCGCGCUGAGGGACCGUGGCAACGCAUCCACAUCGAUUUUGCUGGACCUGUGGAUGGAAUGUACUAUUUAGUAAUGGUGGAUUCUUUCUCCAAGUGGCCGAAAAUUCUUCAAACCUGUUCUCCUACAACCUCUACUACCAUCGCUUUCCUUCAAGAAGGUAUCUCUCGAUUCGGAAUCCCUUUGGUCAUCGUUUCAGAUAACGGAAGUCAGUUCACAAGCGCUGAUUUCCGUACGUUUUGCGAAAAGUUUCGAAUCGUCCACAUCCGAACAGCGCCCUACCACCCACAAUCAAACGGGCAAGCGGAAAGGUUUGUGGAUACGUUGAAGAGAUCGCUCAAGAAAUUUGUCGGGGGAGGAGAAACAUCAACUGCUAGCGCACUGCAAACGUUCCUGUAUGUAUACCGAUUCACUCCGUCAACGGUGUUGAACGGUAAGUCUCCUGCCCAGAUCAUGCUUGGACGACCGAUGAGGACAACUUUGGACCUGUUGCGACCAUCACCGAAACCCGAUUUCCAGCCACAACAGUCAGGUAAACGAAGUUUCUCGGCAGGUUCCAAAGUAUUCGCCAAGGUCUACUCUUCAAACGAGAACUGGAAGUGGAUGCCUGGAACCAUUCUCGAAGCAAUCGGGAGUGUGAGCUACAAUGUCCUGCUGGAUUGUCAAGUGGGCCGACGCAAGGUUCUGCGCUCACAUGUCGACCAGCUCCGUUCAAGAAUGGAAGAAGCCGUUCCAGUUGGACCAGCGCCGCUGUCCAUCUUAAUCGAAGAUUUUGGCCUUUCCGCAAACAAAGCUACACAGCCCCGGCAAAGCGAGUCGCCGGCCGUCGUAUCAGAUCAGCAGUCAUUUUCCGAAGAAACUUUUGAGUCAUCCAUGAUUGUUCCUGAAGAAACUCUGUCGAUUGAAAAAGAAGAAACUAUUACCGACGGAUAACAGUCUGCCCAUCCAAACAUCAACACCCGUGCAGCCAGUAUCGCGACGUCCAGAGCGCUCAAUCCGGCCGCCGAGGAGAUUGGCUGAUUUCCACUGCUAUCAACUCAAAGGGGGAGAUGCUACCAUGGGUACGAGACCGAGCAACAAUCGCAGUUUGAUGCAGAUUCAAAGUGAAAAAUUUUGACAUUCAAGCUUUACCUUCCGAAUAAAUAAAUCAUAGAAUUGUUAGCUCUUUCUUUUACUAAAGAAUAAUUGAAGAAGGUAACAAGGUCAACCUUAAAAGCGAUCAAGUGGCCGCGGAGAGGAAGUCCCGGUAGCGGUGCUGUCGUGGCGUCGGUCUACUGGGUUGGAUCCGAGCCCGCGGUUGGAAAGGGGUCCCCGGCAAGGGUCGGGGUAGGUGAGAUCCUGCUGUCUGCAACCUACGGGUGCAUCUGAUAGGACCUGAAGGGUAGUGAUACCCUUCCCUACGGGCAGGUCAGAUCGGGUUGCACUUGGGCAUCAGUUCUUGAUGUCCGCUCAGCAGUAGGCCGCGGGCGGUGUUGACCCUGCCCGCCUUCCGAGGACAAAGGGAGUGGCGAGGACCACUCGGGAAACUGGCUAAGUGCCAGCACGCUACCGUGAUAGACUCUCCAGAGCGAGUCAUCGAUGUUCGUUGCUGCUAGGCUACGGCAGCUAACCUUGAGGGUGCGAUAUGCACUAGCCCCUCUCUGAAGGAAUACCUUCUUGGUGGUUCCGGAGAGACGUAGGGUUUGGCGACCAUAGGAAUGUGUUUUAGUGGGUCGAGGAGAGAGUAGUCCUGGCUUCUACCGGCAUUGUAGAAGACGGCCUGAACCCCACACUACCCUAACCUUCCUGUUAGGGUGUCUGAUGAGCAGAUUUAUCCCCCUAUGGUUUAGAAGGAAAAAAGAAAAAACACACACACACACACACACACACACACACACACACACACACACACACACACACACACACACACACACACACACACACACACACACACACACACACACACACACACACACACACACACACACACG